AUUUUUAGAUAUAAGUUUUUUUGGUUUUUGGAGAGAGACAGAGUUUCAUUAAAUUUAGCGGUGUCCGAAAAUUUCUGGAUAAUCGCUGCCUCAUUUGCAUGGCCUCGAGCGAUUUCCAGCCUCCUUGGUUGUGUUACGGAGGCUGGUAGGUCAAUCUGAAGCCUGCCCAUUUGAGUUAAAGCCUUUCUUUCCCUUCUUGAUGCCAAAACCUGACUCUGUUUGGUUUAGAAGGGAAAGAAAGAAAGAAUUUUGAGGGAAAAAAAUCAAUCUUUUUGUGUGCGAUUUGCAUAUAUUUGGAUUUUGGAAUCUGGAAAUGAGCGCAAUUUCUGGUUGCCUUUCGAGGCAUGUGUUGCCUGCAUGCGGUAGCCUUUGUUUCUUUUGCCCUGAAAUGAGGGCAAGGUCCAGACAGCCAAUCAAGAGGUAUAAGAAGAUUAUCGCCGGUAUCUUUCCUCGAAACCAGGGCGAUGGACCAAAUGAUCGGAUGAUCGGAAAACUAUGUGAAUAUGCUGCUAAAAAUCCUUUGCGCAUUCCAAAGAUGGCAAAUUCUCUUGAACAAAGGUUUUACAAGGAACUAAGAAAUGAGAACUUCCAAUCUGCAAAAAUUGUGAUGUGCAUUUACAAGAAAUUGUUGAUCUCUUGUGAGGAGCAAAUGCCUCUAUUUGCAAGUAGCUUACUGAGCGUUAUGCAUAUUCUAUUGGAUCAUACACGGCAGGAUGAACUACAAAUUAUAGGAUGCGAGACUCUUUUUGACUUUGUAAAUAAUCAGAAGGAUGGAACUUACAUGUUUAAUUUAGAAGGUUUUAUUCCUAAUCUCUGUCAGUUAGCUCGAGAAGUGGGAGAAGAUGGAAGGGCACAGCAUCUACGUUCAGCAGCACUGCAAGCCCUUUCUUCCAUGGUUUGGUUUAUGGGUGAACACUCUCAUAUUUCGGUGGAGUUUGACAAUAUUGUUUCAGUUGUCUUGGAAAAUUAUGGAGAUCACAAGAAAAAUUCUGAGAACCUUGACACUGACAAGCAAGGUCCUCAGGAUAGGUGGGUACAAGAAGUGCUAAAAAAUGAGGGCCAUGUGAUACAUGACAGUUCACCAGAGGUCAUUAGAAGGGUUCCUUCAUGGAGGACAAUUGUAAAUGGAAAAGGAGAAGUAAAUGUGACAGUGGAAGAUGCACGUAAUCCCACAUUUUGGUCCAGUGUUUGCUUGCGUAACAUGGCCCAGCUAGGCAAGGAGGCCACAAACAUUCGCCGUGUAUUGGAAUCUUUGUUCCGUUAUUUUGAUUAUGCAAAUUUAUGGUCUCCUGAAUAUGGUCUUGCAUUCUCAGUGUUAAAAGACAUGCAGUUUUUAAUGGACAAUUCUGGGCAAAAUACACAUGUUUUGCUAUCCACACUGAUUAAGCAUCUUGAUCACAAAAGUGUCCUUAAACAACCCCAGAUGCAGCUUGAGAUUGUUGAGGUUACAACCUCUCUUGCUCAACAUGCAAAGGUUGAGUCUUCUGUAGCAAUAAUUGGUGCAGUGAGUGAUCUUAUGAGGCAUUUGCGGAAAAGCAUACAUUGUUCACUUGAUGAUACAAAUCUGGGUGCUGACAUAAAAAAUUGGAACAAAAGCUUUAGAGAAGUGUUGGAUAAAUGCCUUGUGGAAUUAUCAUAUAAGGUUGGAGAUGCUGGCCCGAUUCUUGAUGUUAUGGCUGUGAUGUUGGAGAACAUCUCUACAAUUACAGUUAUAAGCAGAACAACAAUUUCUACCGUUUAUCGUACUGCUCAAAUUGUAGCUUCAAUACCAAAUUUGUUGUAUCAAAACAAGGCAUUCCCUGAGACCUUAUUUCAUCAAUUAAUCCCAGCUAUGGUCCAUCCUGAUCAUGAAAUUCGACUUGGAGCCCACUGCAUCUUUUCUGUUGUUCUAGUGCCAUCUUCAGUUUCCCCUUGUCGAUCUUCACCUAAUCCUGAAUCUAAGAAAGGCUUAAAUCUUCGAACACUUUCAAGAACUGUCUCUGUCUUUUCUUCGUCAGCUGCUCUUUUUGAGAAACUAAGGAAAGAGAAGACCUCCUUCAAGGAAAAUGCCCACCAAGACAACAAUGAAAUUGUUGUAGAGGGUGAAAAAAUGAGGAAUGGUAGGGUUGAUAGUUUGAAGUUCUCAUACAGUGGAGUCUAUAGUGUUAAAAAUUCACCUGCACCUAUAACAGCAGAUGAAAAUCUUGCGAGCAGUAAGGAAACAGAGACUGGUUGUCUAAGGCUGAGUAGCCGUCAGAUUAGUCUGUUGCUGACAUCAAUUUGGGUGCAGUCCAUUUCUCCAGCAAAUACACCUGAAAACUAUGAAGCAAUUGCUCAUACAUAUGGCCUGGUUUUGCUAUUCUCUCGAACCAAGAAUUCCAGUAACGAGUCUUUGAUUCGAAGCUUUCAGCUUGCAUUUUCCUUAAGAAACAUGGCUCUUAAUGAAGGAGGGCCACUCCCACCAUCACGUCGUAGAUCCCUCUUUACCUUGGCAACUUCCAUGAUUCUCUUUUCAUCAAAAGCAUACAAUAUUGUCCCACUUGUUCAGUGUGCCAAGGUGGUGCUCACAGAAAAAAUGGUUGAUCCAUUUUUGCACUUGGUUGACAAGAAGUUAAAGGCUGUUAAUCCUGGAUCUGACCACUCAAAUAUUUAUGGAUCUAAGGAGGAUGAUGAUUCAGCUUUGAAGUUUCUUUCAGAAAUCGACAUUACAGGAGACCAAAGCAGGGAAUUCUUUGCUGCUGAGAUUGUCAAGAGCUUGGCAAAUUUUCCUGAUUCUGAAUCGUCCUUUGUAUGGGAGCAGCUCCUCAGUGAAUUCUUACCUGAUGAUGUGUGUCAACUGGGAGGCCAGUUUAUGGAUGCUCAACUUAAAAUAGAACAGGGUGAUUCAUUGGUAACUAUAGAGGAGGAUGUUUUUGUAGAUUCUGUAGAAGGUCAAGCAAAAGCUAAUAAGGAGUUGGUUUUUCAAAAUCCCAAUCUUUUAAGCGUCAAUCAGCUUAUAGAAUCAGUCUUGGAUGGAGCACAUCAAGUUGGAAGAGUGUCUGUAACUGCACCUGAUUUGCCUUACAAAGAAAUGGCCAAUCACUGCGAGACACUUCUAAUGGGAAAGCGAAGGAAGAUUUCUAAUGUGAUGAGUGCCCAAAUGAAGCAGGAAAGUUUGAUUAGCUUCUCUCCAAGGGAUCAUGACGAGGAGGCAAAGAAGGCUGGAAAUCCUUUCCUUGACCUGAACUUCACUGAAAACUCACAAAGAUUAUCUAUUGGGACUACUCCAAUGCAAUGUGCAACAGAAUAUCAGCAAAAUUCCAACUUGUUUAGGCUACCAUCACCAUGCCCAUAUGAUAACUUCCUAAAAGCUGCUGGUUGUUGAACUUAAUGAAGCAUGUGAGAACAACAAUUCUUCCUUAGCUAGACAAGAAACUUUCAGUACUAGAGUAAACAAGCAGUUCAAAGUUCGUGGCCUUGCAGCUACAAGAAUCUGCUGUGUUCCAAAAACAGCAUUAGUGUAUGUAAGAAGAGUAGUAGAUGCAAGCAAGAUUUGUUGAGUUUGUUAAAGUUUUCUCAUUAAAUUAUUUAAUUCUUUGCUUUCUUUUUUUUUUUUUUUUUUUUGUCUCUGCAAGAUUUUGUGCAGCUAAUUGCCAUUGCCUUCUUCCCUAGCACACCAAAAUUUUUCGCUACAUAUGUGAGAGUUUCCGAUCAAGGAUUCAUUCCUUUCGAUGUGUAAAGAACAAUUAUAUGUUAAUAUGUAAUUCUUUCCAUCAAUGCAAUGAGAUAGAGUAUGUAAAUUUCAGACUUGUGAUAUA